AUGCCAUGAGGACUCGACUGCCAUGAUUGAAUCAAGCGUCGUUUCGGGUUUGUUGAAGUAAAAUAGUUUUUGAAAAUGUGGAAAAUUUGGGUGAGAAAUCGGAAGGAACUGAUAGUAAUAAGUAUCAAGGAUCUUUUGCAUUUUAAAAUUUGUGUAAAAACCUCUACAUGAGUCAGUUUAGUGAUAAAUAUUGGUUUGACAAGUAACUAAAUUGCAGCAAUCGCCAUCGUCGUAUUCCAUAAACUGUUUUUGAACAGUUAUUUUCUUUUAGUUGUGGAAUUGUUUUAAAAACAAUUAUAGCGUAAAUAUGAGACUUGAAACAGUGUUUUGUUGAUCGGCAAUGUUGAUUUAUCGGUAUUAAAAAUUAAGAAUAUUCUUUGUUGUCAACUACGUGAAUGACCUUGAAAAAUGUUAACCUUUUAAAUAUGUCUGGUCCGGUCUAACCUUAUAAGUUUGUUUACAUUUCUUAAAAAUCAGAAAAAUAAGAUAAUAAUAUAUGUUAAUGCUAUUUUAAACAAGAAAAUAUAAAAUGAGGUUAUCAAAAUUUCGUUGAUUACCAGAACAUGUUCAUUUAUUGGUAUAUACAUUUCAAACCAACCUUCGAUUGGCAUUGAUCAGAAUGGUUGUGGAUGUGUCUGUGAGACCCCUAAAAAUGCAACCCACUGGUAUGAACCCCAAAGAAUUGUCAGACAAUGAUGAUAUAUCUACUUCGCUUGUUUUGGACCCUCAUUUGGGGUUCACUUCCCAUAAAAUGAACAUAAGAUUCAGAGCCCCAAGAGCUAACAACUCUGAGUUGAAAAAUAUCAUUGAAGAAUUUAUCAAGAACCAAAAUUAUGAAAAAACCUUCGCCAAAAUUUCAAGAGGAGAUUGGUGGCCCAGGAUUAAAUCAAAGGUGCAGCAGAAAAAAUUGGAGGACCAUAUUUAUCGAUAUCUAAGAGUAUUUGAUAAAGAAUCAGGGUUUGUGAUAGAACCUUGCUACAGAUAUUCUUUAGAGGGUCAAAAGGGGGCGAAAAUAUCCGCAACAAGAAAAUGGUACAAGAAUGAAAAAAUUGAAAGGCUGGUCGGUUGUAUAGCUGAAUUAACCGAAGAAGAAGAGAAACAGUUAUUACAUCCAGGAAAGAAUGAUUUUUCUGUGAUGUACAGCUGUAGGAAAAACUGUGCCCAAUUGUGGUUAGGUCCUGCAGCAUACAUUAACCACGACUGUCGUGCCAAUUGUAAAUUCGUCGCGACAGGUCGUGAUACAGCGUGUGUGAAAGUGUUGCGCGACAUUGAAAUAGGAGAAGAAAUCACCUGUUUUUACGGAGAAGAUUUUUUUGGCGAUAAAAAUUGUUACUGUGAGUGCGAGACCUGUGAAAGACGUAAUAUGGGGGCGUACGCGAAAGAAACCGAUCAAAAAGAAGAAAACGGUUACAAACUACGCGAAACGGACAAUCGAAUAAAUAGAACUAAAGUUAAAGUACAGGGUAGUAAAAUAAUUAAUUGCCACGAACAAUUCACACCCGAAAAUGGCAAAAUAAUAAGUCCUUUGAGCAUGAAGGAACUUCGGCAAAAAGGUUUAACUAAAUACGACGCUGAACUUCUCAUAGCACAAGGUUGUAAAUUUUCGGAUAUAGCCGAAUUUAAUCGUAAGCGCGGUGUAAAUAUAAAUUUAAAUAAACAAAUAAGGAAAUGUAGUACUGCUAGUGUUAAAAGUAAAAAGUCUGUGAUACAAGAUACCAUUAAUAAGACUAGUACCAGAGCGUCACGUAUGCAAAGGCGACAAGCCCGUCAGGCAAACUUGGAACUUAUGCAAAGUGCCACCAGAACUAUUUCUAGAUCGAAUCUACUCGACGAUUUACAGAGUAACGCCAGUAGCUGCCCCAGUACGUUCAGCGAUACCGAUCUGGUUUGUGAUGCUACACCUCAUCAAGAUAAAUUCAACGAUAACCACGAAAGUGAAAGAGUUAUAAUUCCAAUAGAUAUAGCAGAGAAACCGAACAUGACAUUGCAGAAUCACAUUAUUCCAGCAACAACACCCUGUACUCCAACAGAAAACGUACAACGCACCGAAACAGAUGUAGACUGUAACCAAAAUGGUAUGUCAGAUAUUAAACACAUGAUAGAUGCCAGCAGAGGAACGAAUGUGAAACUUUUAGAAAACGUGAAUGCCAAACUAACGAGCGACGUCUCCGAAUUUGACUUAUCAACCAGUGAAAACACGGCAACCAGUAGACCUUGUACACCAAUUGAAGAAGCAAAAUGUGAAAAAAACGACGUAUACGAAUUUAAUGAAGAUGAGGGUAUUACAGAUGAAACUGUUUUAUUGCGAAAACAUAAAACUGCAAUGGAUGAUAAUGAAAGUAAUACACAUAAGAGAGAUAAGUCUGAACAAAUAAAUACUGCCGUUGAAACCAGAGAUUGGGUUAAUCGAGAAAUUAGAGAAAGUCCACCAAAGUGUGUUCAAGAACCAGUAGAACAGAAGACGCCUGAAAAAUGUGGCCGUUUAAAACUUACUCUUCGCAUGAAACGUAGUCCCGUUUUGGACGAAGUUAUAGAAUCAGGAAAUAGUUUGAGUGAAGAUUAUUUUGAACCCGAAUACGAAGUUCUUAGAGUUGAAGGUGUAGAUAAUAUCACAUGUACUCCUUUUUCCCAUAGAAAAAAAAGGCAUAAAUCUAAGGAACGGAAACGUGAAAAAAGACUUAGAUUAGCUGAAGCAGCCGUUCCACAGAUUCCCAUGAAACGCUUAAGGCUUAAAUUCGGUAAUGAAAGCCAUACUAUCGACAUCCCGUCCACUAGCACUAACUAUCAUACAUGAUAGGAACUUAUCAUAGUCCGUGGUUAAGACUUCAUUUAAAGUGUGAUUCAUAAAUCAAGUGAAACGAACACCAUCAACGUUGGUAUCUGACAUUUUGCAAAAGAUGGAACAUAAUUAACCACCUAAUUGAUUUUUUAUAAAAAUCUUCCAUUUAUUUUUAUGCAUUCAACAUAAAUACUUAGAAGUGGAUACAAUGUCUAAGAAGAAUAUUUUCAAAGUGUCGGAAUAAAUCGCAUACUAAAGAAUGUAAAUUUUUUGUAUGGAAACAUUUAAAAUUUAAUUUUUUAAUUCAUAUGUGAAUAAUGAAAAUUUCUACAAAUAAUGAAUAACUAUAACCGAGACCCUCUAAUGAAUUAGUUAAUUUAUAUUGGCAGGUUAAGAAUUGAUUUAUGAUAUUUUCAUCAUGGUUUCAUCGGUUUAUUGAUGACGGCUAGUUGUUUUAAUAUAAUGUCUGAGAAUAACCUUAUUAUGUACCAAAAUACAAACUUCAUAUUAAAGGUGCUUUACUUAGUUUUUUUAAUAUUAUAGUCCAGUGUCAAACUCAAACUACAGAUAUUUUAUGUCAUUGUACGUGUACUAAAUUUAUUCAAAAGUUCCUAGAGCUAACAACUUCGAAGAAGAUGUUGUGUUUUUUAAGCAUAUAAAAAAGUUAAAUUUAAACUUUGUACCUUGUAUAAGUCUGCUAUAAAACUGCAUUUUCUGAUGGUUUAUGUAUAACUUACCACCAGAUAUAGUGAAAUCUAUCAUUCAAAAAUAGUAAAUGAUCACCAAAAUUAAAACCUCAUUUUAAUGCGCAAUUAUAACCAAAGUUUUUACAUCUUACCAUCCUAUUAAAGCAAUUGACUCCAAACAAAUCAUUGUCAACCCAAAAAAUAGUUAAUAAAUACUAAUUAACCACAUUUUAAUUUAAAAUGACAUGCAAAUAUUUAACAUGACGUCCUAUGAAAGUAAAUUACUUUAGGUUAAUAAGUAGUUACUGAAACAUAGUAAACAAACUCCUUGAAGAUUUUUCACUAAGGCCAAGCUUUUUAUGUCCCUAAUUACCACUUGCACCUUUUCUGUUAGAAAUAAACGGCAAUUUAAAACUAACUAACCGAUUAAUUUCCUUAUCCUUGCACCAUAUGAUUUCAACCCAUAGUUAAAUUUAACUUGUUGCUUUGAGUAAUUUGGUUAAAAAUAGGCAUAUCUGUACUAUAAACUAACUCCAAGGAGCACAUUUUUUUGGUUAUGUCGCUGGUGUAUGUUUUUUUUUUUAAAUUUGCCAAACGAAAAGUGAUAUCCUGUUGCAUAUUAACUUUUUCUUUUAUUUAAUGCUUCAUAGCUUGGAUUAAGGACCAAGAUCGCUAGUUCUUUAAAUGUGGAUGUUUAUUCUCGACUGCUCCUAAAGUAUAGUGAACAUUUUUUACACAUGAAUUUCUAUAUGAAAUAAACUAACCUCACCUCACAGGCAGUUGAUAAUACAUGCUCAGAAAUGAAAUGUGCAUAGGGAUAGAUGAGCUCAAAAUGCUGUAUGUUACCUAGUAACAAUAAUGGUAGUUUAUGGUGCAAGUAGUUAGUAGUACAAGUCAUUAGGAAACUCGUUAAGUCCUGCUCAAUACGCUUAAAAGGCGAAAUCACUUAAAAAUGUCAAGUUGUCCAUGGUCUGAAAGUGUUUUGCUCUAUUGUAUACUCUUCUUGGAAAUUCCGUAUUAAUAACAAUCCAAGAUGUCAUACAACUUGUCACGAAACACACAGAUAAUAUCAAGAAAAUCAAAUUCCUACGUUUUUUGAGGUUAGGAUUUAGACAGAAACUGUCAAUUAAAAUAUAAAUCCUCCAAUUUCGGUGGUUUAAUUUGAAAGAGAUUUAUAUCGAUUUGAACUGUGUUUUACUUGCGAUGCAAGUGGCCCUAAAUUAAUUAACCACUAUCAAAAACAUGAUUUUUUGGGGCGUUUAUUCAACCAAAUGUGUAAAAAUGAAACUUACAAUUUUAAUGAUCCCUUAUUAAAAACAAACGUAAAGCCAGUCUAUUUAAAAUUAAUAAUAAAUAUUUUGAAAAUCUAAGAAGAAUAAGUUUCUGCAAUAAUCUACUGCACAAUUAAUGCUUUCUUAGCUUUGGCUGGUCGUCCUCUUUUGCGUCUCAUUCCAAUGGGAAUAGCUUUUGCCUCUGAAGAAGAUUGGAAACGCUUAAGACGAAUUGCCAAUUCAACGAGAUGCUUACAUAUAUAAUCAUCGAGAAACUUUGGGCAAUUGCAUGUGUCGUGUAACCAAUUUGCUUUUUCUAGGAGCAUUAUUACUUCCCACUCGCCAAAAUGUUGCUCUUUGGAUUCGUCAGAGAUCUCCCCCGACCUUUCAUAAUUUUUACAAUCCAAAUCCGAACCAGCUCGAAUUCUAUAUGAUCAAAUUAGCUCAGUGUUAAUCUUUAAUGACACCUGCUUUUGCUCAUUGGUAACUUUCUGUUCACAUCUUUAUAGAUACUGUCGUUUUAUUGAAGGUUUCCAGAGUAGUGUUUGUAACAGCUAUGCGCCCAAAUACCAGAAGUAAGAGCCAUUCGUUUUCAAAGUAAAUAACCAAAUCAUUUUUGGCUCUUCAUUCGUCCAAAAAUUUUCGCAUGCUCGAUGAAAUAUCUUUUUUCGAUUUUUUUGCACACUUUGUUUGCAUCUUCUUUUUAUCAUGCGCCCAGCACAUUCUUAAGACUGUAUCGGUUCCAAACGUGCGAGCAAAGGCAGUUUGUAUUGCCUUGGCUGCAUUACAGACCAAAACUUUACAAGUUAAAGUGUAUGAGUAGAGGAAGAAGUCUUCCGUUCGUUCUUCUGUUGUCAGAGCUAAUCCAAAUAGGUGAAAAUGUUUAUCUUUGUUUGUAGUUCCAAUCACAAGUACUGGAAACCCUUACCAAAUGAGCUUAUACGCGACAUCCGCGUGAAGAACAGAACAUUGACUUGAUAGACCAAUUAAAUACUCAUAGUUAACAUGAACCGGAAGUUGCUAUCUAAAUAAUCUUCGGAAAUUUAAUAGGCCACAACAAAACUUCGUGAUCGUCAUUAGGUUUUGGAGAGUUUUUUUUUUGACUGUAAUUCAAGGUCUCCCAAGGUUAUUACUGCUGACCCGUACUUUUUCUGACCUAUGAUUUUAAGAUAAUUGUUUAACUGUAAGUUAGUCGGCUGAAAUAAUCCAUUAAUUUUACUCAAGUUCUUCAUAAUAGAUUUAGGUUUCGGACGCAGUUCCAAUAAUUUUUCUAUUUCCUUUUUCAUUGUCUCGUUUAUUCUUUUAGUUGACUGACAGUCACAAUUUUCACGAUCUUAACAUGUUUCAGUACGAAAUACUGAUAUAUCAUGAUAUGAGACGUCCCAAAUAAAAGAUAAAUCACAGCAGAAUACUGAAUUUUCACUUUGUUACAUCGAUAGUAACCUUUUACUCCUUCUUCAGUUAUUUGAAUUUUUUGUAUUGACCAAGUUUCUCAUUUUUGAUAGAUUCCUGUCUCUUGAAAACCCAAGCUUCGCGUUACCUUCGACGUUUUUUUGUAUACCUCGUGAUUUUAUCACUGGUCUUUAUCUGAUUCCGUUGAAGAACUCAACAGCGGUCCCUAAGUUUUUAUUCGCCAUUACAGGGAGGAAACAAAACACACUCAAUAAACGCAAGUGCUCGCACGUAACUGACUGAAUGUGAGCGCGGCGGUUACGGUACGAUACCGAGGGAGGAGCUUGUAAACCGGAGACGUAACUUAAUAUGGCAUCACUAUACUUAUUUGGUAAUGUGCUGACAUUUUAUGUCCAUCAUAUAGGUUUAUCUAGGUAGAAAGUUGUUCGCUAAGAUUUGGUAAUCAUGUACUAAAUUUAUUCUUCGAAUACAAUUUGAAGUGCGGGCGUCACUAAAUAUAUAGGAUUAUUGUAAUUUUACACUUUAUUUUUUGGUGUUAAGUAUAUAUUUUUGGUAAAAGAGUUAAGGGUACCGAAGUAGGUCCCUUUUUUGAUGUCGUCACAGGUAUUUUCUUGUUUUGCUCUAUUGCUUCAAUUCGUUAUUAUACGCCAUUGAAAAAUUAAUUCAGUGAUCACCACCUCAGUUUUAUUUAAGAAAAAUUGAGUUCAAAUUAUUCUGAGGAGUUUCAUUACUUUCAUCUUCUGCUGUUUUUGAUUUCCAAUUUGAAUAAUUGAAACAGCAUAAACUGAUAAUUUUAAUAGUCCAUGGUAGUAUUUGAUUUUCCAGAAAACUGCAUAAUACCUAAUUAAAAAAAAAAACUAGAAAGCUGGUAGAAAAAUUUACAUUUGUCUGGCAAAAAAAUAUGGUUCAAGUUUAUAGAUGGCGGUUUCUUGAUAUAUGCUUAAAAACUAACAUCAGAACUAUUUUUUUAAGGUCACUAGCUCCGUUAGAAAUAGCUUUUGGAUAAGUUUAGAUGGACCUGUAUAUUGUGGAAACCAAAAAGAUAAUUAUGCAUACAUGAUUUUUAUUUUUCCCAAUUUUUUUGUAUUAUUUUAACUUAUUUUCUAUGAAAAAUUAUUUUUGAUUUUAUACUGUAGAUUUAAACGUUUAUCUGGAAAACCUUUUUUUUUAAAUUGGAUUAAAUAAUACUUUUAUUAAAGUAAUUUGAUUACAUUAAAUGUAUCCAUACAAUAAAUAAAUCCAAAAAUUGAGCAGUAUUUACAAAGGAUUUUAUAUAUAUAAAAAAAUUUCAUUUUAAAGUUAUUUUUAUUUUGUUCUGUAUAAAUUCAAGAUUCACUGUAGCAUUUUCAAGGCUUGUAUAAAAAGCAACCAGUGAAAACAUAUUUUUUUCAAAAACUUUCAGAGCUCGUUUUAAAAUUGUUUCGUUUUCAAAAAACUAUUUUAAUGAAAAUUAUAAUUUUGCUUCAUAAAAAUUUUGAAAAAAGACGGAUGGGUGGUUGCUUACAGCUUGAGUAUUAAUAUUGGUAGAUAUGGUUUCCAUCAAUCCGUUAACUGAAGGAGAAGCAAAUAUAAAGGGGAACACAUGAACAAUGUAGACAAUGUUAUUUACCGUUACAUAUUUUAUCAAGUUGUUCUUUGUUCAAUUGCUUUAUAACUUUCUUGAUAGUUCGAUUUUCAUUCACAGAUGAACUUUUUUCAAAUAUCCGUUUUUAAAAUAAUAUUUUAAGUAAUUUUUUUCAAAAUUAAGAAACCGGUUCAUAGAUUUAAUUCAGUGGUAUAUUACACUACAACCUAAGGUCUAUCGUGCUUUUUUUAAUGUUUCCGGUUAGCCAUCCAGUUUCAAAUUUUCAAUUAAUUCUAGUAUCUGUGAUGGCUUCGAAGAGAUUGGAUGUUUACUCCUGCAGGUUUCUUGUCUUCUGUAUACUUCCAAUGAUAAUGCAUAGUUUAGUGAGAUCCCAAAUACUGUUUAGAUCAAGCAGUAUUAUAGUUUCAAAGCACCAUUUUGGAGUGAUCUCAUUUGGGAAGGCACUGACAGAAUAUCCUCCUUCCGAAAUUAUAUAGGAGCAUUUUCCUACACCACAGAAAGGCCAUUAAUAAUAGGCAUUUGUAUUUUUUUUUUGGUUAGGUGUAUUGAUCUCAUCAUUUUGUUUCAUCCCUGUGAGACCAGUAUCCCAGACUGAAAACACUGAAAUUCUUUCUUAUUUUAUCAGCAUAGUUCUGCACGUAUUUCUGCGUACAAGACCUAACUCUUUGAUAGACUCUGAUUCAUCUGCAUACUAUUUAAUGAGAUUUCUUUUGAAAGUUUAGGUGGUGUCCAGUCUUUCUUCGUAUUUAGCAUUGUGAUAAAUUUCUUUUCAAUAUGUUACCACCUUUCCAAUGAAAGAAACUAAAUUUGAUAUAUUUGUAAUAGAAGUACUAGCUCUGAGAUUUUUGAUAAAAAAUUUAAAUCACACCAUUUCUGACAUUUAAUAUCACUAGAUUUUUUUUUUGAAAUUAUAGCUCUUAUUUUGUAAUAAAACUGAAAGAAUUGUAUGUUGUAAUUAUAAUUUUCUUCUAAAUAUUGUGAAUAAUCCUGAGUCUGUGAUAAAUCCAGUAUGUACAAAAAUAUAACCAAUAUUUGGAGCCAAUAUUAUCUAAUUUAAAUAGUAUAAAUUAAUAAAUUAGUAAAAUUUAUUCAUUGGAAAAAAUACUUGAACUAGAAUUGUUAUAAAUUAUUUACAAAAGUUCAUUAACGCUUGUUAAUUACAAUUUUUUAUAUAAAAUAUAAAUAUCAUUUUUAGUCCAAUAUCUGAACUAUGUGGUUAAAAAAAAUGCAAGAAAAAGAAAAAAAAAAGAAAUUUGGGAACAGUUAAUAACUUCUACCUUAACUGAUUUCAAUAGCUUGUUUGACUGCAUUGUACUGCAAAGUGAAAUUUUGUAUAAAAUAAAAGUGAAUAUUCUUAUUGAAUUGCCAUUUUAUAAAAUUCCAUUGGUUCGCUUGGUUGUGUAUUAACUACAACUUUAUUCCUACAAAAUUCACCUUAUUUAUAUUGUUCUAAUUAUAGAACUGUCUUUUAUUUAAAAAUACUUAUUAACUUUGUUUUAUAGAGUUAUAACCACUUCUAUACUCAUAUUUAGUCUAUUGAAAACAUAAAAGGAGAAUUCGCUGAAUCUUGGAAGGAAUUUAACAAUCUAUAUUUAACCAAAUUCCAACUAAUCCUACUAGGUAUGUAUGGAUUUUGGAGUAUACACUGCGAACCAAAGGAUCUAUUGUGUUCCUCUUUCUUGCUGCGAUAUUGGAGAACAAACCAGCUGAUCUGAUAUAAUACUUUUAAAAAGUCUAGAUUGUGGGAUGGCUAUAAUUGCCAGAGAUCUUCGAUUUCCAUUUCAAGCGUAUAUAGAAAAUAUGGAAACCGAUUAUAUUAUUAUAUUAUUUAGUUGUGUAAGAUGCGCAUACACACAAUUAAUAGUCGAUGGGAUAUCUAUCACUCCUCAUUCCUUAUUAAUAGUACAGAAUGAUUAAUCGAAGAGCUGUGGCCAGUGCUCCCCUUCAUUCGAAGGAUGAAAAGAGGACAAGGAGACGAAGAUACUCUGUUCAUCCUAUAUUCAAUAACAGAUUACUACAUGGGACAUUCCACAUGAUACAUGUAAGAAUUACCCUGAAAAUUUUCUCAUCGUGUGCAGAAUAAGUGACAGAAGUUUCGACGACACAUAACCGACAAGAAAUGAUUGAAACUACUUAAUGAUCGAUUAUUUGAUUUACUUAAAAAUGGGAGAAAUACUCUUACACUAUUUAAUGGUUAUUUCAUAUAAAAUUGCUCGUGAUUUUUUUCAUAUCCCGUCAUUGUAUAUGGUUACCUCAGCAAAAGAGUGCAAAAUAAAAUGAAAUUCCUGGAUAAUAUCUAUAGAAAAUUAUGAGUUAUCCAAUUAUGGUAAAGAACAAGGCAAUGACAGCUCCUCAACAAAAAAGUGAAAAUCAUGAAAUAUAGGAGAGCUCUUUUCAAACUUUAUCGAUGAGAAUUACUAGAAUAAAGCCAGAAUAACGUUAUGAAUUCAAAUUUAACAUAAAAAAAUUGUAGUGUCACUUCCUUGGAAUGAGUUCCUAUUCUGUAUACUAAAUCUAUGUGCGGAUCAACCACCAGUAAGUUUUUGCAAGAAUGCAGCUCUUUUGUAUGUAUCAGAAAACAAUAUAAUCAUUUAAAACCAACCAAACUGAUUUUGAAUGUACUUAGUAGAGAUUUGAACCCGGUCAAUUUCCUAUUAUCUCAUCGUAAAGAAUAUGGGAACUUUAGAUCAAGGAACAAUGGACCUCAAAAAUAAUGGAAAAUCGAUAAAAUCCCAUUAUUCACAAGUUAUUUCUUUGUCAACGUCAAUUUGAAAUAUAACCAGGAUCAUAGGAUAUUACAGCUAGCUGUGUUAAAAUAUAAUAAGAAAGUUAAUCUAUGGUUACUAAAGGAAGUGAAAUCAAUAUGAAACUAUACUCAAUUUGCUCCAAAAUGUUAAUAACUAUUAGCUCUUAAGCUCUGAACCUUAUAAAAAAGGCAAAAUUGUCUAUAUUUGUAAAAUGGUACGCUCUAUUAGACAGGGGAAUUCUUUGAACACAGUAAACCAGGGGUGGGCAAAAGCCGGCCCGAGGGCCUGGUACAGCCUUUUUGCUUACUUUAUCCGGACCGGAUUUUUUUUUAAAUCUCUAAUGUUGGUUUUUUGCAAAUAUGAUAAUAAAUUGGAUUUUAUGUAAAUAUUUUUAAUCUAUUGACUUCAUUUAAAAAUAACGUACAUUAUACAGUGCGCAAAUUGUUCGCAAGUAAGCAAGACAAUUUAUUAUGACUAUUAUCUAUUAUUAAUUGUCAAAUUUCUUUGUCCUAUUGCUUUAAAAAGACACCUCUAGUAUUUUUGCAAUCAAAAUUUCUUGGGUAGGGGAAAACACCCAAAAAUCUCAUUAUGGCCCGUGCUUAGAAAUAUUUGCCCACUCCUGCAGUAAAUCAAAAGGAUGUUUUGUUACUUACGAGAGCAGAGAUAAUGAUAUUGUAUAAUACUUAUAGAGAUAAUUAUUGUUUCUGCUGUGUUUUUCAAUACCAAAUUACCUGAAUUAUAAAUAAUAAUAAGAAUAAAUCAGUUCAAGCCCCAAUAUUCGGGGGUUUAAUUUGAUAAUAGCUAAAGACCUUUAAACAUGGUUUAACACACGGUGUAAUUCAAAAAACAGAUUUAAGCUAGUAUUAAAAUGAAUGAACCUAACGCUGCAAGUGGCCAUUAAAGUGUGUUCAGUGUUCAUAUUUGUCUAAUUUUGCUUGCGUAUAAAUAGCGUUAAAUAAUAAUCGACUCCAACUAUUAUUUUGUUUUUAUUUUUAUUAACUAGUACAUUUUAUGAUGUGAACAUCAAAUAUUUAGUACCAUUUCUGAUGAUCCCUUCACAUUGUUUGAGGCUCGUUUCGAAAACCACGUUAUCGUCUUCAGAAACUGCAGAUAAACUAAACAAUUUUAACUCUGAAGAUGAUAACUUAGUUAUCGAAACGCGCAUCAGACAGUGUAAUUAUAAGUUUUAGUGUUGUGAUAGUAUAAACAAUAUGACUAUCACUAACGGUUCAAGAAAUUCGAACUUGGUGACCAUGUUAAUCUUGAAUUAAAUUACUCAUUUGUGCACUUCUUGUUUGUAUUUCCAGCACAACACCAAAUGUUUAAAAAGAAUAUAAAAUUCUAAUUCGAAUAACCAAAAUUUUUCAUUAAAGUCGUAAUAUUGUAUAAAGUAACGUUAGUCUCAGUAACAUAUCAUUUGUGACUGACUGACGCACUUAUUAUCUUUUCAUCAAUGGGAAAUAAUUUCAUUUUUGGGGUACUGUUUUUUUGUAACUAUUAUGAAAGGAAAAUAAUUGUACGGAAAAUAUUGGAAUGACAUAAUAACAGUGAUUGGUAUCCACUGAAUAGAAAUGUAUAUUUAUCUUUUGUUAUUUUUCCUGAGCUUUACCAUCUUAUUUCUUGAAAUGUCGUGUUUCCUCCUUUUCUUUUUGUUCUGAACCUUCUGAGUGUGUAUAUGUAUACUAUUGAUAAAUUACUUUCUUUUACUUCUAAGAUCAAGAGCGCUAUUCCAAUAUAUUAUCUACCAAUAUCUUUUUGGCAUAUAAUCCUACUAUUUUUGUCUCCACUGAAUAGAAAUGUAUAUUUAUCUUUUGUUAUAUCUCCUUUUUCAUCUUAUUUCUUGAUUUGUCGUAAUUCCUACUUUUUUCUGUUUCCCACACUCUUUCUAUGAUUUUGAAUAUUUUAUAUUUUAGGUUAUCUCCCCCAUAUUCUAUUAGUUCAUUCACUAUUUCGUCUGUUCCUCCUUUUUUAUUGUGUUUCAGUUUGUUGAUUAUGUCAUUACAUUAUAGUUCGUUUUCUAUUUUGUUUCUUUAUAUGUUGAUAUAAUUUUACAUUAUUUUUAUUAUCAUUUUCCAAGUUGUCUAUACUAUCAUUUAGCCGUUUUAUCUUCUUUGUUUUAAUUGUCUUUGUGCUCUCGUUUCUUAUUUUUCUAUAUAAUAAAGGAAAUAUUGCUACUAAUGUCUUUGUUAGGAAAUUAUUACUUGCAUUUAUUUGGGUAGAGUACACAUUCAUUAUUAACUGAUAAUUAUUAUUAUAACUUCAUGACAUUAGGGUACUUAAGAGUUAUAUUAUACAAUAAUAUAACUUUGUAUUGGCUUCAAAUUUUCUAAAAUAAUAAUAUUAAGGAAAAAGCUACAGAGAAUGCUUGAAAUUAAUCUAAACGAUGUUUUAACUCUUUUCGUAUCUGAAAUCAAGUGUAGUACGGAGAAAUAUAUAUCAGUGUUAUGUGUAAAUCUUGCUACACGUGAAAAAAUAAAUGUUGAAAAGGAUCAUUGAUAAUUUUGAUGUAGACUUCAAAUGUCAAUAAGUGUUAUAAAUGUUUAAACACUGUUAAAAAUCUUCAAACUAUACUUGUAAACAUGUUGUAACGGACGUUCUUAUUUUCAAAAAUAUUGCUUUAUAAACUUUGAAAUUAUCUAUUUAUAGGUUACAGUAUUUUAAUUCAAUUGGAAUAACCUCAGAAUAAAAUGAAAUUACCCACUAGAAGUUAACUCAAAAGUUAGAUAUUUGUUAAUACUCGGUAACAAACUUAUUAAAAUAAUAAGCUAUUACCAAAAUGAUGUGGGAUAUCGAUCUAAGGCAAUUAAAAAUCUAAUUUUAUUUGUGUGAUAAACAAGUUGUAUUCUACUAUUCGCGAAUAUUACAAAGUGGACGACAUCUGUUAAUUUUCUUUCAAACUUUAAUAGGGGUGAACAAGAAAUCUAGAAUACGAACUAACUUUAUUGUUUUAUAUACAAUAGAAAGUAUAAUUUGACAUUUUGGUUUAAAUAAUAAAAUAAUAUACUUGUUUAAAUCGUUUUUCUGACAUAAAAACUACAUAUCCACAAGAUACAACAAUAAAAAAGGAUAAAGCUGUAGUAUUAUAAAUGUAAUAGUUCUAAAAUCCUAUUCUAGUGACCAAUAAAACUCUUGUUCACUUUUUUGUUAGUUUCUUGUAGAUAUUCAAGUCUCUUCCUCCACGAACAAAUGUAUUUCCAAUCUUUAACUACAUCAUUCAGAUUAAUUGUCUCAUGAGGCUGGGAAGUUAGACUUGAUGUCUGUAAACACAAACUUUUGAUAGUUUUUGAAUUUGUUCCUUCUAGGCCACAUAGUACUAAUGUACCACUUUUAAAAUCGCUUCACCUUCUUUUAGUGGUCUGCUUAUGACUCCAAUAUAUUUCCUGAUGUUAAAAAGGGUUACUUAUUUCUUUUCCAUUUUUAAGGACUAUCCGCACAUAUCCGUGACCGGACGGCACCGUUGCUCUCCGUGUUUCGUAGUCUCCGGUGACAUCCGUGAUAAAUUUUUCUUUGACAUUCACACAGUACCGUACCUUUCCGUGUCAAUGUUCUUCAGUGAUCAUACGUGUCUGCUCGAGUUAUCUCAGUUUUCUUUCCAUAAUGAAUUUCAGUACAGAAGACUUCGCAGUAAUUGCAUUAACUUUAAACGAAGAAGUAAACUCUUUUUCACGUCCGUAUUUAAACUAAAACUAUCGGCGAGGACAUAUUUAUUAUUUUCACGGUGGAUACCGUAAGGGCAUUGAGAGUGUCGGAGAGUCACGUUGACCACGCGCCGUAUUUCCCUCUUUAGUUUACUAAGAAUUUCAAUGUCAGCCGAUAUUUUUUUUCCUCUGAAGGUCACGGUACGGUACGUCACGGAUAUGUGUAGACCGACCUUUAGACCUAUUCUUAAACAUAACUUUUUUUCUUCAAACCACACAUACACAUUUAGGAAAUAACGGAAAUUACAAAUAUAAAGAAAAUUCUACCUCUAAAAAAUCACUAAAAACACAAAAAGCAUAAAACAUCCUUACAGAUUGUAUUGUGUUGUUCACCGCUAUAGAAGCCAAAUUCAGCGUCAUCUAGCACAUGUGAUUUUCGCCAAUAACGACUGGUACUUCCAAAUAGGUAUUAAAAAUACUGUAAAUGUUAUUAUACAAUUGGUAUUAAUAAGUCAAUUUUAUCCAGUCAAAUGGAAAUAAAACCUAGCCAUUAAAACCUAUAUUUUUUAUUUAGUUGAUUCAUAAAGUAUCUCACCAUAUUCUUAUCCUAUUCGAAAUUUAAUUAUUAAGGGUGGAUAUUAGAUUCUUAGUAUAUUAUCAAGCAAUAGUAUUGUUUAGAGUUCUGAAGCCAUAUUGCUCAAAAUUGCUUGUUUGUUUGCUGCUUUUUCUUGUGUAUAAUUUUAUCAAGAAGGUUACUGAGAAGAACAAUGAUCUUAAAAUAUAAGGCAUUUGACUGAAUCUACGCUUUUUUUGGUUUAAAAAUAUUUCGAAUCUCGAUUAUGAAGCAUUUUUAAUGUACAAAGUUAUUCAAUAUAAAUUACUCUGCACUGUUCACCGUUACUACCCCCUGUAGAAAGAAAAUUUAUAUAAAAUUUGUGCGGUUAUGGCUGAAUAUUGUUAAAAUGCUCCUUGUUUUUUAAUGAAAUACCCCGUAUAAUAUUAAAUAUCAAGAAUAUAUGUCAUAUAUUAGUUUUCCAGAUACUAUUUUCAAGUUAUUAAAUUUUGAAAAUAUUUACUAAAAAUAUAAAACAGUUUUCUAAUAUAUUAACUUAUAUUCUUUUUGUUAUUUACACUAGCUAGUUUCUAGGGUCACAUAUAUUUUUGAAAUCAAUAAGAAAUGCUAUUUCAAUAGUUAAAGAAUAUAUACAGAACUUUUAAAUACUAAAUUUACAAUAGCAUAACGAAAUUCAGUUAUACCCACACUACUUUUAUGUGAAGCUGCUUUUCUGCAGAAAAUAAUAACGACAAUAAGGGGUGGGUAAUUUAUAAUUAGAAAUCAUAGUAUGUAUUUUAUUAGUUUAUUAUCAUAUUGACAAGGAUAUGCUGCAUAUAUUUUUUAAGAACGUCUUUACCUUAUAAUUAAAAAUAAUUUUAUAUGGCACAAGAUUUGUGUGCCGAAGACUGUGUAUUUAUUAUUUUUAGUGUAAUUAAAUGUACAGUGAUAAAAAAAUUUAUGGAUUUAGUUGAAUUGUAGCAUUAAUCGUAAUAAGAAAUCAAUUAUUGUAAAUACUUCAUUUUAUUUAUUUUUACAAGCAUUUAUCACUAACAUCGUAUUAUUUUUAUAUUUAACAGAAUGGUACCUUGAAAGUCAAGUUAUUUCUUGAAAUAUAUUUAUAUGAUUGAAAUCUUAGUUGAGAACAUCUUACUACUUCCAAAAUGUUUCUGAUGGUUGGUCAUGUAAUGUUCCUAUCAAAAUUAAAAUCAACAGUUUGACACCCUCUAACAAUGACUAAAAUUGAAUUUACACUGGUAUGAUUAACUGACUUUUUGGAUCUGUAGUUGCUGUAUAUUGAUAAACUUAAUUUUCUGUACAUUUUGACCGUAGAUAUGUUGCUCAUAAUUAAGGUGACAAGAUUUUUAGAGGGGCAAAGCGAGACAACUCUGAAGGAGGGUGGAGGGGUACCAACAAUAAUUUUUAUCAUCAAUUUUCAUACAGAAUAAAAAUAAUAUCGUAAUAUUUUUUUUUAAUUUUUAACAUAAAUACAAUUUUUAAAUAUAAAAGAAUGUAUAAUAUUUUAUUCCUUGACAUAUUUUUAAUUUGAGUGAAUUUGUUUCUGUAGAUUAUUGUCAUUUUUAAAAAUAUUGUAAAAAUCUUCACAAAAAUAUGUCAAAUUAUAUUUGACACAUAAAAUGGUUUUCAAAGUUUCAACACUUAAUUUUAAUUUUUUUGAUGUCUACACUCGAUUUACUGUAUAAAAAACGCGUUGAGUCGUAGCAUUAAAUCCAGGUAAAGAUAGUGCAUAUUCCACAAUUUUUAAUACUUUAAUAUUGUAUGGAAUAUAGUUUGUUUCCAAAUGAUGGAAUAUUUCUAAAUAUUUGUAUUCUACUGUGAUUUUUUCUGAUACCCAAUAUUUAAGCUUUUCCUUAUCAAUACAUUUUUUUACUAAUGACACUUCAUUAAAAAGAUCAUUUUUGGAAAUAUUACUAUUUGGGAAUUUUUGAGGAAUAUAAUCAAAUGAUUUUCGCACAUCGUUCCAAAUAAGUUUUGGUUUUAAUGUAACCCAACGAAAAUGAUCAACAUCAUUACAUUGUACCGUCCAGUCUUCCAAAUAAUCUUUGCAGUUACUAUAAAACUUUUUGACAUGGCUCAUGAUAUCCUGACGAUUUAUUGCAUCUUGCUCUUCGAGCUGGCUUAUACAAUUGAUAGUUAACGGUAGAAAAUUACUUUCUAACCUCUCUUGAUAUUGAUAUUUUAAAUGAUUAACUUCAUUUGCCACUUCGAUUGCCCAUAUUUUUAUAAUAUUUGUUUAAUUAGCUUGCUAGCACGCAAUACUAACACGGAGUCUAUCAUCCGAAAGACAAAUAGAAUGUAACUGGGUAGCAAAAGCAAUAUGUUAGUCGUCUUAGCCCGUAGGCUAAGUCGGGACUUUUGAAAAACGUCGCGGGACAAAUUGUGAAAAAUAGAGACAUCUCGUCACCUUACUCAUAAUGAUUAUACUGCAUAAUUUUUAUCAGGCUCUUCAAAUCACUUGAUUCGAUAUGGCAUUUGUGGGCAAACAAUUUCAAGGUAUACAAGUGAAAAUAAUUGUUAGUCUCGUUUUAAGUACAGUUUACCUAUAAAGUCAAUGAAAUGAAAAAUAUCUUCAGUUCAAUCACAAAACAAUAACACAAUGUACUUUCUCUCAUAGCAGAUAAUUCUGUUAGCCCACACACGCCAAAUUGAAAAAUUUUGUAUUAGGUCGUUGGAAUGUCUUAUUCACAAUUCAAAAAUUUGGUAGAAAUCCUUUUCGUUUAUAGCUGUUUUUGUACCAUUGUUACCAAUAAUUGAUUUUUGCUCCAUUCCAUAGGCAUUAACUAUUAAAAUUGCUUUCUAAGCUUCUUCAAGCAUUUGUUCAGGAAUGAACUCUCUUCUGUUGUUUCCAUAAUUGCAAAUAAAUAGUAACACCUCCCGAUAUUUUCUAUUUAAUUUCGCUUAUAAUGGAGCAAGACAACCUGCAAUGCAAUACAAAAUGCAAGCAAAUUGUAGUUUGAUAAAAUUUUAUGGCAUGCAAGUUGAAAUUGUAGGGAGAAAUCUAAUUAUUUUUGUUUCAAUAUCCAACCAAAUGCCAGUCUGACCAAUUGGAGUAUUAUUAAAAAAUGUUUUCUUUCUUCAAAUAUAACCUUAUUAGUGAUUUUGGCUGCAGUCAAUAUUCAGUUUACUUUUCAUUUUGGAGAAUAGGCAACCGCAUAGAAGAGAAAAGAUUUAGUUUUGAUUAGCUCAAGUUCUGAUGCAAUGGCACGAACAUUGCAUAAUGCCAAUCAGCUUGCAAUAUUCAUUAUACACAAUAUUUUGACAUUUCAAGAAAUUGUCUUUUAGUUUAGAGGUAACAGAAGAGUUCCGAUGAAAUUUCGGCGAUUUCGAUAUUGAAUAAAUAAUGUUAUUGAAAACAGUAAUUAAGUAUUCAUAAUCUGAACAUCAUUUCUUUUUUCUUUCCUUCCUUUUUAGAUUUUCAAAAAUCGAGGUAUCUGUUAUGCUAGCAACAAUUAAAAAAAACUUUCAAGGCGCCACACUUUCCAUAUUUGUAAUAUAUUCUCAUUUAUUAGAUAUUUCGACAAUUUUUUUUGUAUUUAGAUAAAUUCUUGUUGAAAAUUAACUGUUGAAAAUUUAUCAGGAAUAUUACACGAAGUACAUGUAAAAAAUUGCCUAAGAGCAUAACAUGAUGUAAAUAUAAAAAUGUAGUCUUUGUAAGAAAACCGCGAAAUUAAAAAUUUAGAUAUGUCUCCAGAAAAUUUUUGAAUUGUUUUUUAUGAGUCAACGUUAAGUAAUAGAAAUGUUUUAAUAGCAUUAUAAUAUUUAAAGAGGAUAACAAGGCUGCAAUUACAAGAAAGCAACUCACCAAGAUUUCAUAUUAUGUAAUAACUCACGAAAUAUAAAAUCAUUUUGCAUUGUUGUAAUUUUUGCCAUCCGAAUUUGUGAUCUACUUUUAUGUUACAUUCUGACUAGUUUUACGAAGUAAAUUCAUCAUAUACUUUGUUGGUUAGGUUAGGUUCUCACUUAUUUUUCAUAAAGAUAUUUGUGAUAGUGACUCAUGCUAUCCAAAUAUUUUACCAAGUUCUUCCCAUGGAGAAACCCUAUCAGGUCUAUAUUUCCUCUACAUCUUUCUGGAUUGAUCCUAAAGUCACAUUACAGAAAUAUAUUGUUACCUAGGUAAUCGCCAAUAAAAUGUACUAUCCCUGGCACAUUAAUGUCUGUUGCUUCUUCUGCAUUGCUAAUAAAUCAUCUAAUCUCUAAUUCAGCCAUCCUUCUUCUUGACAGGUUUACAAGUGCUUUAUUUACUAGAAGACCUUUUAGAAGUAUGACAUGAUAUUCUUACUAAAAAUAAUUUUCACUAGUGACCAUCACUCGUUUCGCAAACCAACAUAGUUUAUAAGGGUUAAUUCUGUAUCCAUCUAAAUAGCUUUCCAAUUACCGCAUUUUAAGUGGCGCUGUUUUGCUAGAAAAUAGAAUGUGAGGAUUGUGAACUUUUUUGUAGAUCUAUAACCACCAGGUAUUGUUCUGCCAAUGAGGCUUCGAGGCUUUUCAGACACUUCCAACAAUUGUAGUCAUAAUUCAAUCAGUGUACCCAAAAAUCUUGACAAUUUAUACAUCUAAAUCUUCACCACUCUGUUGGUAUAUCCAACAGACAAAGAGAAGCAACAGAAGACUUUGUUUAUAAUUUAUAUUGAUAUUUGAAUUACGGUCAUAAAUUAUACUUAUUUUGUGCAACUCUGUUAAAUUUGAAUAUUCGUUUUAAACUUCUGGAGACAGCCCUUAAUGUAUUGAUUAAUUUAUUGACCUCAUAUUUCUAUAUAUUUUUUUUAAAUAUACUUCUUUGAAUUAUUUUUUAUUCUUAACAGAUAAUAUGUUCCUAACUACCUAUUCUUGUAUUAAACUUGACUGUAUAUCCUGCAUCAACCGUAAUAAACUUUUUUUUAUUUGA